AAUAGUGCAAUUAAUUUUUAAAUUUAAAUAAAAAUGACGGAGUAUUUUACAAAGUUUGUGCUGGUUUUUUUAUUUGGCAUAAUAAGUUCAAGCUCAUAUUCACUUGAUGGUUUUAAAAAUUAUAAGACAAUAUCACUGAAGACUCAAUGUGGUUUCAAUGGAGAUACUUCUCAUCAUCCUGAAAUAUUACAACUUGGAUCAAUGAACGAUCGAAACAAUGAAAUAUCUGCUUCUGUUUUCUAUUCACAUUGGCUUGCUGAAAUUGAUCAUAGUCACUCGACAAAGAGUUUUAAAUGUACAUUUACUGUCAAAUCUGCUGCACCUAGUGAACACAUUUAUGCAACAAUACAAUCAAUGACAUUUCAAUCAAGUCCAAAUGGUGGAUGUAAAGAUUAUAUCAAGUUUAGUGAAUAUAAUCGUGCAUGGUCCAAGCACAAAUCAUUUUGUGGCAAACAUCAAGAACGAAAAAAAGCAUUAAGUUUGUAUCAAUCAAGUAAAUAUGAAAAUUUCCAUGAUUCAAAUGUAAUACCAGAAUCAAAACAUCCAAGUUUUGAUGCUGAAAAUAAUGAACUAAAAGUUGAAAUAUUUAUUUCACGUGAUAAUAUUAAAAAAAAUCUUCAAAAUAAUCUUGUUGUUACAUUUACUCCAUAUAAAAUUUAUGAACUAUGGAAAAAUGGUAAACUUUGUUGUAAUUCAAAUGGUCAUGGAAUUAGUGCAUCUGAAUCAACUGUUAAUCUACCAAAUAAUAUAUUUUUUAUUGAGCCAGAAAAUCGUUUAAAUAUACUUCCAUCACCAAGUAGACUUCCAUCUUAUGAAUCUUUAUUUCCUAAUCAAUCAACAGUGUCAUUAAAUACAAAUGAAAAUACAACUUCAACUCCAACAAAUUCAACUGCAGAAAAUCUACAAAUAGAUGCAACAUUUAUAGCGAUUAUUUUAUUAACAUAUGAUUGUUUAAAGAGCCAUAAAGCUGAGGAGAAGAAUUUCAUGACAUUGAAUCAGUCUGAAGAGUUGGUGAGAAAAUACCAAUUGGGCGAAAAAAAAAUUAUCUUGGACUGUAUUGCAGAUGGUAAUCCUAAACCAUCAAUCGAAUGGUCACACAAUGGAAAUGAGAUCAAUUGGUCAAGUGAUAAAAAAUUUCACUUACUCAAUGGAAGUUUGGAAAUGAUUGAUUUAUCAAAUGAUGAUUCUGGUAUAUAUUAUUGUCAAGCAAGUAAUGGAUUUCAAACAAAAACAAUCGAAUAUAUGUUAUUGGCUCCCUUCCCCGAAAAUUUGAAUAACAAUUCACUAAACAUUUCUACUGAAGAGAGAGCAUACAAUAUUUUUAAUGACAUCAUAAUGCAUUGUUUAAUAACUGGUAUAAAAAAACCAACAAUAACUUGGUAUCACAACGAUACAGAGAUUAAUUUUUUGAAUAAAAACAAAUUUAUACUCGCUGAUGGUAGUUUGGAAAUAAUUGAUUUAUCAUUCAAGGAUGCAGGUUAUUAUAAAUGUAAAGGAUUCAAUGAAUUUGGCAAACAAGGCUUACAGUAUAAUUUAACUGUUAAUCCAAUAUCAUACAUAAAAUAUAGAUGGAUUCCAUCGCAUUAUUAUAAAGCCAGCCCAGCUAAUUAUAAAUUAAUUAAACUUGACACAAGUUUUCAAGUUAAAAAUAAAAAAAAAGAUGAAUAUUAUCUUGGUAAAUGUGAUUUUGGUAUAUUAACUUCAGCAUUAGUUUCUUUUAAUACUAAGAAUAUUUAUCGUCAUUACAACUAUAAUAAUGAUGAUUACUUAGAAUGUACUCACUAUCAGUUGUUAGAAGUUUACGGUGAUUAUGAAUGGAAAUCAGUGAUUAAUGAAACCAUACCAUCUGGAGCAAUUGUUGAACACUUACUCAAUAAUGAAUCUAUUUAUAUUGGAAAAAUUGAACGAGAUAAUAAUUACAGUGUCAUUAUCAACGUUUAUAAAAAUGAUACUUCUGUUUACUAUUAUCCUUUUUUAAGUGGUUCAGCUGAAAACCGUCGUUAUGACAAUAUUUUCAAAAUAUUAGUAGUAACUUAA